AAACCGGAAGUAGCGGAGCAACCGGAAGUAGCCUGCAUCCCUGACGUCUGGACGUGGUUUGACAGGACCCGGAGCUGUGGCGAGGAGUUGGCGGCCAUGGAGCUGGGCGAGCUGCUCUACAACAAGUCCGAGUACAUUGAGACGGCAUCUGGGAACAAAGUCAGUCGCCAAUCUGUGUUGUGUGGAAGCCAGAACAUCGUUCUUAAUGGCAAGACCAUUGUGAUGAAUGACUGUAUCAUCCGAGGGGACCUGGCAAAUGUAAGAGUUGGACGCCACUGUGUUGUGAAAAGUCGUAGUGUCAUAAGGCCACCAUUCAAGAAAUUCAGCAAAGGUGUUGCGUUCUUUCCUUUACAUAUCGGGGACCAUGUCUUUAUUGAGGAAGAUUGUGUGGUCAAUGCAGCUCAGAUUGGUUCCUACGUUCACGUCGGCAAGAACUGUGUGAUUGGGCGCCGGUGUGUGUUGAAAGACUGCUGCAAAAUUCUUGACAACACGGUGUUACCGCCUGAGACUGUGGUCCCACCAUUCACCGUCUUCUCAGGCUGUCCAGGACUCUUCUCAGGGGAGCUCCCCGAGUGCACCCAGGAGCUGAUGAUUGACGUCACCAAGAGCUACUACCAGAAGUUUUUGCCCCUGACACAAGUCUAGUGUCUCUGCCUCAUGUUUUGAGUUCGCUUGGGCUCUAAAAUGAACUUGGGGACAAAGUCAGCUGGUUGGCAUCUACAAAGAGCUCUUUGACAUUUUUUUUUUUUAAUUCUUCAGGAUUUUUCAAUCCAUCAAGGCUCUAAGCUCUUAAGAGUUUAAUAACAGAACAUAUGGAGGAGUUGUGGUCAGAUGCUGUGCUUUGACCUUAUCAAUCAACAGUCAUUUCGUACCUUUAUCUUUGGAACACAGAAUUGCCUGUUCCCCGUGCUGCAAGCCCUCAGCCCUGUGGAUGGCAGGAUCCUGCCUGCAGUGGGCCGUCAGGGCAGCAGCACCCUCCCCGCGUGGAGAUUGUGUCACUGGCGUGCUUCUCACGGCCACACCACUCACAUACUUCCUCUCAGCAGCCCUGCUGCUGACGCUUGGCCGGUUACCAUGAUUGCUCACAACUCUGGGGGGAGAUUGCGCCUCUUCAAAGACCAGAUUCCUGUUGGCUAUUGCAACCUGAAGGGGGAGGGGAUAGUUAGCAUUUCUCUUCCCAAAAUGACCUUAGGUGUGCCCAAAUAGUUAUAAAAGACUUGUUAGCAUUCUCUUCUAGGGCCUUUGGCUUCCACUAAAAGGGUGGGCUCAGCACUGUAGUGUUUGCAUUUGCCAAGUUCCAGACUUGAGCCUCCUGUGUGGGUGAAUUAGUCAGGUGGUCCUUUCUUGCCCAAGAUGAAGCCUGGGUGAAUUCGCUUCCUGACUCGGAACCCUUCAGUCUGCCUGUAUGUGCUAUAAACCCCACAGUAUAUACAGGUAUCCAAAAUACCUGUGUAUAAGCCUCAUCACAUACGUGCAUGAGUGGCAGUUAAGGUCAUCUUACAGAAACAAGUGAAGAGGAGUGAGUGAAUGCCAGUGCCAUUCUUACCAUCACUUCCGGGUGAUAGCAAAACCUUUCCCGGUUCUGCUCUGCCCUUCAGUUUAGAAGGAAAACUUAGAAGUGAGAGGGCAGAGAAGGUUGCCCUUGCUUAAUGCUCUGAUCUGCUGUAAGUGAAUGGGGUGCAGAACAGUUCAGCCUUGAGGCUUGGACUCUAGCAGGAGCAUUCUUGACUGAAUUUCCAGUUGUAGGGUUUGUGAAAACAGCUAUAUCUAAUCAUCUCCACUAGUCGAAUUUGGUACUCCUUCUGGGUUGCCUUUUUUUUUUUUUAUGUUUGUACAUUAAAAGAAGGAUGCAUGGAGCAGGUCAUUUAAGGUGAUUACUCUGCACCUCCACGACGGCUGCUGCUGUCCAUCAGGCACUUGACUGCGUGCCUGGUGCAGGACUGUGGGCUUUACCUUCACUAGCCUGCUUAUUUCUCAACAUGACGUGGGUGGUAUUCUCAUGUCACAGAGGGGAAGAAAACUCAAUGGCAUUAGAUAACCUGUUCCAGUCCAUACAGCAAAGAAGCAGCCCACCAUGUCUGUGUGGCUGCACAGCCUGGGUUCUUCACUGUGCCCUGGAAAGAAGAGAUGGCCUUGCCCUUGGUGCACAUCCACGAUGCAUCCCGUCUGAUACGGGAAGUCUGUGUUGGCUGCAAUUUGGGGGUCAUAUCCCCCAGGUCCUUUCUUAUUUUGUGUCUGCAAAAAAAGGAGAUCCUUGGCAUUGGCUGAAUUUAUUGGUCUUUAGCCUAACCUCUUGUUCACCUCAGAAUUCUUCCAGGAUAUGUGCGAAGCUUCCCGUCAGCCUGUAUUUGAAUGCCCCCAAAAGGAAGCUUUCCACUAUAUGCAUCUGACGAUCCAUUUUGUCUAUCAAUUGGAAGUAAGAGAGAGAAGAUCAUUUUUUCUGAGCUUUUUUAAAAACAAAUUAAUUUCAAAAAUUCUAAGUAAUUCAAGUAUAUGAUUUGAAAAAUCCAAUUAGUAAAGAAGAAAAAUGAAAUAUUCCCAGCACCCAGUCCCACCCUGUACUUCCUGGAGGCAGCUUCUCAGUAGUUUGUUCCCGGCAUCAAGAGAUGGCAGCUUAUGUAUGUAGGGUUGUAUAUCUCAGCCUCUCAUGCAUACAGUGGGAGCACAGUUUUGUGUUGUUCUACACCUUGAUGCUUUUACUUUAUGUAUCCCAGUUGUUCCAUGUUAACGCUCAUGCCUGAUAAAGAAUAGCAGCUGAGAACAUUUAGAGUGCUUGCCGGGUAUUCUUCUUUGCUCCUUAUAUGUCUUAAUUCCUUUAAUCCUCUCUCAGCUCUGUGGAAGCUAGUUAUUGGCCCCAAGGAACAGAGGAUAAGUGAGUUGCUUGAAGCUGACGUGACAGUGAAUCCAGACAUUCUGGCUCCAGAGCCCACACUUCCAGGCACUCUACUGGAAUCCCUCCACGUUAGCCUUGUCAUUGCCCUGAACUGUGUCAUCUGGCCAGCCUCCACAGCACAAGAAGUUGAGAAAUGACAGAUUUUGCUUUUGAGGCAGGCGGUGUGCUCCAUUGUCUAGGAGCUGCAGCUGUGGUCUGACAGAUGAAUUGGGAGCUAGCUUCCUGGGAGAAUUGUACUGCAUCAUUAAAUGACGUCUUAAAAUUUUGCACCAUGUGGCCAACAUUCAGUUGAGAAAUUUGAAAGGUAGAUUUGACAAAAAUCCAGUUGGAACUAUUUGUUGGAAGUGACAGAAAUCCAGCUUAAGCCAAUUCAGGCAAAAAGAGGGCUUUAUUGGUUUCCACAACAAAUCACAGAAAGGACUAGCUUGAGCAGCAAUGGGACGUGAAUCAUGGACAAGUUACUUAAUCCCUCUGUGCCCUGGUACCCUAAGCCGUACAGUGGGAAUAACAGUAGCACCUCAGAAAGUUCAAGUAGAUUAAACAACUGUAGGUAAAUAUUACGGACAGUUCUUGGCACUUAGAAACAACCCCAUGAGUAAUAAGUUAUUGUGGAACAAUGAACUCUAAAAAUCUAAGCCCCAUCAGGGCCUUUUGACUUUUGUAUCUUUUUAUCUUUUUCACCUUCACAUUAGUAACGGUACAGACUGGGCUGCUGUCACAAAGGCACCACCAAAAUGCAGUUGGCUCAGACAAGACCGAAGUUUAUUUCUUUCUCCUAACAGUACACAGAGGGGCAGGUAGGCCAGAGAUCAGCUGGUCCAAGGCAAGUAAGUGGCUGGACUCCGCCAUGUCAUUAGGUACCCGACUUCCUACAGGUGGCUGCAUUUACCUACAAUGGAGACUAUAAAUCUAGACUCCAGUUGGGCAACCAAAGCUCUAAGGAAGAAAGUUCUCAUAAUAGAAAAGAAAAAGACGAGAAUAGACCUUGGCAGACAGCAGGCAAAUGCCAGCAGACCCCUGUGAUGGCUUCCUUUUCUCCUCCGGCAAGUGGGCUUUCUCCAUGCACGUGGGGACAUGAGAGCUGACCACCACAGACAUGUGUCCUGGUUUGGUGACCUUGAAAGAAAACUGUUUUCCCUUCCAGUUCUAAUUGGGAAAUCCAAGAGAAAGUUCUCAGUGGUUUGUUGUGAACUGCAUGCCCUGUUGUGCCCAGUGGUGUUUGGCCCUAUUAUUAAACUAAUCUGGGUCAUGACCUUUCCUGCAUUCCCCAAGGUAGGGAAAGAGCGGUCUAUACUGAAACAAGGUGGUGGGAAGGCAAAAACUAUAGCUACUACAAACAGUGGAUGAGUCUAGAAUUAUGUGCUGAUGUUGUUUGAAAAUACAUUAACAGUCGUGUGUAUCCUAGCAAAGGCUAGCUGGACUCCGUCUCCAUGGUGGCUCUCACCCCAGGGACAGUCGGUCACCAGAGAAUUGCUCUUAUUUUUCCAGAGAAGUAAGUCUCUUUGUCUUGAGAAUACAAGAAAAAUGGACAGAUGGGAAAGACCUUGAGAUCUUUCCAAGGCUGAGGAUGGGUGUGUGGGGUGUGUAUGGGGGGGAGCAGUAUUAGCUCAUAUAUUUGAAAGGCCAGCCUGAGAUGGGUCUUCAGGCUGGAUCCCAGGACUUCUUGACUUGUGUACUUUGUGUUGUGGUCAGGGAUGUGUCUCUCUUCAGCACUUGUCUCUCUUCCCUCUGAGUUGGUCUUACUCUCAAGCUGCACGGUGUGAUCUCAUAGCUCCAGUUAUUAGUGCAAAGACUCUCCUUCACUGACAAAACCCCUGGAUGUGACUCUCAUUUGUCCAUCCCAGUGAGAUACCCAGCCUCAAGAUGUCAUUGGGGCCAGGAAAGUGGAGUACACUGAUUGGCUAGGCCUGGCCAUAUACCCACAUGGGCUGAGAGUUGGUGCCUGAUGGGGGUGAUGGGGGAUGAUACUAUCAGAGAUGGGAUGAAUGGGCUUUAGACAGGAAAUAUGAUCAAGGGCAUGGUUUAGGCCUCUCUCCUUCCCCAGAUGUCUUCACUUCUCUCUCCCUCCUGCCUACCCUUGCCCCCUGCCCAGUGUUUUCUUUACUCUUGAUCUUGGGAUCUGAGAGUGCUCCUGAAGGGGCAUGUGAGCCUAGAUUAGGGGGCAGAGGGAGCAUGUUGCUUAGCCAACGUGGGGUGUUCAACAAAGAGCUAUGUGAAGGAUGGUCUUCUAUCUGGAACUGCUUCUUUAGGAUCCCCAUAGCACCUUAUGGAGGGAGCCUUUGUCAGGGUGUAGGUAGAGUUCCAGUUGUGUUCUUGUCUAAGCCACACUGGCUGGGAGCUGCAGAAGAGCCAGGUGUGAGCCUGUGUGAGUUAUCCAGCAAGUACGUAAUGGGGUGAUGGUUGGAUAUACGGCACCCACACACACACAAACACACAUACACCCAUGCACACGUGCACGCACAAGCCAGUUAAGGCUCAUGCUCACUUCAUUGGAUCCCUGGUGCACGGAGUAAGGUUGAAUGAUUGAUUCGUGAGCCUCCUGUUGACCGAUUUUGUUUUGCAUGGCUGCAUGAGCCCUUGUGGUUGGUUGGGGUAAGUAGCAGCUUCUGAAUUCGUCACUUCUGCAUGAACCAGUUCACUCAGGACUUGUGCCCACAGUUCCUGUCUUAGUCACUGACCCAUCUGGGCAGCAGCAGACUUGAAGUAACCAGACAAACUGCUCCUAGUUAACACAUCCUUGGAAGUUUCUUAGCUAUCAAGAAGGGUGGCUAGCGAGGGAUUUUUUUUUUUAUCUGUUCUGGCCAAUUAGUGCACAGAAGUGUUCCCCCCACAUUCUGGGGGCCUCCGCCAUUCUCCCAAACAGAUUGGCAUCUGGCCAAGCUGCAUGGUGCUAUGGGUAGUCAGAGCCAGCUGGCUGAUCUCUUAGGGGUAGCUUCUGUGGAACUUCAAGGCAGAAAUGGUACUAACAGUGUUGAGAUCCUGAAUCCAAAGACCGGGUUAUUUUAGAACUGGUCUCAGCAAAAUGCCCCGCCAGUUCUCAUGAGCUCAUGGUCUCUGAAACACCUCUGGAGCCCCCAGCAAUGAGGUUGUGCUUUUUGUAGAGCAUGGGCUUGCUGUCCCUUAUAAGUAGGAAGGUGGGGCUGGGGCCCUGACCAUGUGUUACAUAGAGAAAAGAUAUAUCAUCACCCAUUUGUUCAUUUAACAGAUACUUACUGAGACACUGCUGGGAGCCAUGGACUGCCCUAGCUUGCGGGGGUAGAGUGGAGAAUGCGAUGGAGCUGGUCUUGCCCAUAGGGAUCUUAGCAGCUUCCGUAACAGAGUUCUCUGAUGGAGGCCUGAGGAGGCCAUUUUGAGUCACUACACUGGUGAAGAGUAUGGACACGCCCAGCUCUGCCGCUUCCUGCCCUUGAGACUUGGGGCAGGUUGUCUCACUUCAUGGAAAGUCUGCCUUCCCAGCCAUAGAAGAGGGGAGAUGGGGAGGGUUAUUAUGAGGAUUACAAUACACUCAUACUCACAGAGCAUGAGCACUGGCUCAGUUACAGUAAGUACUCAGUAACUGGUAGUUUUAUUACUGCUUGUAGGAAGCGGUAUUCUGAGCAAAACCCCUUAUAUGCAUUCUGAUAUAUUUUUUAAAAUUUAAAAUAAAAUUAAGCAUAUCUUUGCCCUUAUAAUCAGUCCUCCACAAAGAAAACAUGAAGAAAAGAAAUUGUUCUUUCUUGGUUUGCAUCUAUGGGGUGCCGCUGUCGAAAGUGUAGGGAUUUUUAGGCCGAUGCCGCGGCUCACUAGGCUAAUCCUCCGCCUUGCGGCGCCGGCACACCGGGUUCUAGUCCCAGUCGGGGCACCGAUCCUGUCCCGGUUGCCCCUCUUCCAGGCCAGCUCUCUGCUAUGGCCUGGGAGUGCAGUGGAGGAUGGCCCAAGUGCUUGGGCCCUGCACCCCAUGGGAGACCAGGAUAAGCACCUGGCUCCAAGCUUCGGAUCAGCGCGGUGCACCGGCCGCAGCGCGCCUACCGCGGCAGCCAUUGGAGGGUGAACCAACGGCAAAAGAAGACCUUUCCCUCUGUCUCUCUCUCACUGUCCACUCUGCCUGUCAAAAAAAAAAAAAAAAGUGUAGGGACUUUUACAACCUAUUUUACAGAGGAUGAAACUGACCCUCAGGUCAAGUACGAGGGCCCAGCACCACACAGCUAAUAAAUGUCUGAGCUAGAAUCAAAGCCACCUCUUCUCUGGCUGCCAAGUCCGUGUUUUACACAGUUCCUGUAUCUUUGGUUCCAAAGCAGUUGGUUCCUGGCUCUGAACUUGCUGCCCAGGCCAUUCUUUGCCUCUGCAGUUUUCGCUGGCCGGUCAGCCCAACCUGCUUUCAUUAUGUCCCCUGACUGUGACCGUGACAUAAGAGGAACUGUACGUGACACAUUGCUUCCCUGAGCCCAGCAAAUGGAUUUGCCUGUGUCUCCCAAUCCCCUGGGCACCAUGCAAAUGGAUCAUGCCGAUGAAACUCCUCCAGGAAGAGAGACAUAGGAAUGAAAUCCACGUCCUGUUUGCCUUUCAUUCUUGGGCCUGAGCCCCAGCCCAUGGUUGUCUUGACUCUGCCGCCUCGUUUCCUUUGAGCCGCAUCCAUCUCAACCUCUCAUAGACACCACAGCUUUCUGAUUUUCCACAGGAGCAGCAAGGGCCUGGAGUGGGGAGGAUAAGGACCUAGAGAAGGCCCAGGAACUGGAAAGCCCUGUUGGAGACUCAGCUGUCUGGGAACAGGCAGGCUCUUUAUUUCAGUAAUCAUAACAACAACAGUUGAUGUUAACCAUGUGCCUGAUACUGUGGGAAACGCUGUCCUCAUAGAAACUUCACAGGAACCUCAGGCAGCCUAGACAGAAUCUUACCUAGGAGAUGGGCACUGUAUUUAUCCCCAUUUGAUAGACGUAAAAAUUGAGGGCACAGAGAGGUAAAGUAACUUGUCCAGCAUCACAUAGGUUGGCGUUAGAACCCAGGGUUUUUUAGUCCAUGAGUUUAACUGAUAGGUCCUGUUGCUUUUUGGUAGGGAAUGAAUGAUCUUCUGGUGAAUAAAAAAGUCUGGGAUUUAAGGCCUGGCCAAACAAUGAAGGCCCAGAGAGGCAGUGUCCAGGUGGUCAUGCUUUGGAGGCAACCGAGUUGGGUUGAAAUUGCAGCUGUACCACCUCCUGGCCACAUAACCCUGGGCAAGAAACCUAAUCCAGACGUGCCUGUUUCCCCACCUACAAAAUGGGGAUGGCAGUCCUUCUGUGCUUGGGCCAUGGUGAGGCUGACAUGAAUGAGAUCAUAUCCGCAUAGCUGUUAGCCCUGAGCCUGGCACGCACAAGUGGUCCUGAGGAUGAACUGUUAGUGUUAUUGUUACUGAUGCCGUGCAGAGAGAGUGUGCCAGUGUGCCUGACUGCAGCCCCCGACCCUGACACUUCGCGCUGACGAGGAUAAGGAGAGACUAUGAACAGACACAGCUAGUGAAGGGCAUGGAGGAAUUAGGGCCAUUUUCUUCAGUGCCUCAUUUUUGGGUAAAUGUUCCUAAAUGGAAUAAAACAUAUAUGCAGUGGAUGCUCAGCAGGCCUUUAAACACACCAUUCCAGUGCUUUAAAAAUCCUGUGAUUUGCCGUCUUUAGGGAGUUGUUGCGGGAGAGAGCUUGGCAGAAAGUCAACAUUGCAGGCAUGAAAUGUGAGCCCAGUAAAUGAUGGCGGCCUUGCUAGGGGUUUGAGUAAAUUUGCAACAAGAAAAAAGGACUGUGUAAAAAAAAAAUGACUUUGUAUUUUGUGGCUUAUUGCCUCUGGAUAUAUGGUAAAAUUGAUUUAAAAUAUAAUUGUCUAAGGACUAGAACAGUGGUCCUAAUCAAAAUGAGCCAUAAAUGUAUUAAAUCAAAUUUAAAAGUUGUACUUGCUUUUUGCCACCAUGGAUAGGUUAGAAUUUAAAUUCUUUGAGUACUGGAACAAAGUACCCAUAAUUGAUAAUUUUUGUUAUGAUUUGAGCCCAUUUAAACAUCUAGGCUAGAAAGACAGAGACCACGUGAAAAGAGGCACUAUCUGGAUAGACAUACACAUUUGGAAUUUGAAAAAGCAGUUAAUUUGCUACUGCGCUCCUAUUGAAAUCAUAUGUCUGACCUCUGAGGCUGACAACUUUUUAGUCUGAUGUGCAUGUUUGAGUGGGUCUGUUUGGAUUCUGGGACUGACAAGACUUGAAACAAGAUGCCCUGCUUGUCACUGGACGUGGACCACAGCUGCCUGGCACUGCGACAGGCCUUUGCUGCUGCCAGAGGGAAGCAGCUGGCUGUGUGGAGCCCCUGCUUCACCGCUCCUGAUGGCCUGGCCUGCACUCGAGGCUAAAACUCACCCGUGUCUGCUGUCAGCUGUUUGAGCCUCAGAUGAGCUCUGCUGAGCUGAAAGUGGGCGCCAGUUCAAUGAACAGGACGUGGACCCUGGGACCAUUGGUGAUUUAGGGCCCCCUCCAUGGGGCCCUGAAUCGGAAGACAUCCUGGAUGCUGGCUGAACCAUGUGCUUGGCACACAAGUGCCCACAGGGAGGGGCUUCUCUGACAGGAACGCCUACAGUCAAACCGCUGAUCAGCUCCUGGGCUCUGCUGCAGAGCUAAUUGCAUUCCUGAAGUCAGAUUUUGCCGAAAGUCACCAGCUGGGAAAGGCACGUCACCGACUUUCACCUUUCUGCCUGCUUCCACGGUGCUGCUGUGUGUUGGCUCAGGCUCAGCUUUCAGGAUUAGUUGCAGCUCACGACAGUGCCCUGAUAGUCUAACUCUGCUUCUCUUUAUUUUUCUCCGAGUACACACAGCCAAAUAAGGUAGGUUGAUAAAAUGUUACUGUCCCCAGAAAGGGCUUGGUCUUUUCCAGGCUGUACAUUGGGUAGAUAGGACAAAAACAGAGGACAGUGAUAUACACUAAUUUGUAAAUUUCUGAAAAUUUAGAAUUUUCUCCUCUACUAGUCUUCUAGGGUUACCGUAAUGAAAUACCAGAAACUGAGUGGCGUAAACAAUAGGAAUUUAUUUUCUUACUAUUCUGGAGGCUGGAGGUCCAAGAGCAAGGUGACAACAGGUUUGAUUUUUCCUGAAGCCUCUCUCCCUGGCUCACAGAUGGCUGCCUUCCUGCUGUGUCCUCCCAGAGUCCCUCUGUGUGUGUGUCUCUGCGUCUUAUCUCCCCUUUCUGUAAGGCCACCAGUCCUAUUGGGUUAGUGCCCACCCUAACAACCCCAUGUCAACUUCAUCUCCGCUCUGAAAGCCUAUCUCCAAACACAGUCGCGUUCUGAAGUACCAAUGAUUAGGGCUUCAACAAAUGGAUUUCGGGGGAUACACCCCAUAGCAUCCUUACAGGUUCCUGACUCUUUCUAUUACGUUGUGUACAGACAUGUAUCUGCAAAGCUGUCUUUGUACCUCUUGUAUACAACUGUUCCAUACAAAAGGCCUAAGAAAUGAUUGAAAGAAUGUAAAGUUAGGAUUGUUGAAGAGGACUAAUUUUGUAACAUUGGAGAAAUAAAAACCUGGCACCUGA